GCGGUUCAGUAGUGAAGAAACGACCGUACUGGUCGCUCGUACUGUGUAAAGUGUGUUUGAUAUCGCGCUCGUGGUCGUCGUCGCGCGUUCGACUCGUACUACUGGCAACAUUUUUAUCAUUAUCAUUAUUAUUUUUUUGAAUUUCUUUUCGCUUCCGUGACUUUUUUGCCACAACUCCGCGUCACUGGAUAAUCGGGACGUCUCGACUCGCGGACCGAGCACGCGCUCCGCACGGCGAUAUAUAGGACGCGCGAUCUACAUGGGAUACGUCAUGCAAGACUGCAGUAUGUGUGUGUGUAGGAUCUAUGGCUGGACAGACGGUCGUCGGCAAUUAUAAUGGGUACAAGAAUGUUUCCUAACAACAAACUUUGUUAAAGAUGACUAUCGGUAUCAAACAAUGUCCCCUGUUGGAUACUUUUACAAUUCAACUACAUAGAUGAAGUUUCAUUCGGAGUGGAUAGUUUGGAUUUGGGCGUGCAUUUCCUUAGUCCUAUGCCAAGAUGGCAUUGGUACCAAUAAUGCAACAAAGAAUUCCAUACUAUCGGAAGUUUCAAAAUUACAAAAUUUUGAAGUUACGACAUCGCAAAAGCCUACUCUUACGGUUCGGGAAGAGCAAAUUGAAGAUGAGUUAAUUAAUAGCGCUACUACCACAGAGAAAUUUAUGGAAAAACGAAAAUUUAUAAUUAAACCUUUUAAAGAAAAUGAAGAAUAUCGGGAAAUAUUUACAGUCAGAUUCAAUGAAACAGGCCCGACCACUAUAAGAAGUUCAACUAAUAAAAUUAAAGCUUCGUUUUCGUCGAGCUUUACAAAAUUUGAUGAGUCUGAAGAUAUCACUGAUAGUGGUGAUAAUGAUUUUACUACAUCAUUUGAGGGCUUGGCGAAGAAAAACCCCAUAGAUAAUGGAGAGAGAAAAACUAGACAACGUUUGGAUGGGUUAAAAGGUGUUACGACAAAUAGAGGUAAAACUAGAUUCCAAAAUGAACCAGGAACUUCAGAAAUUCCUGAAAUUUCAACAACUUUACGUCAUAAAAAGCCUAUUCGAGUUAAACCGAUUGAUCAAAUCAUUAAAGAUGAUGUUGUUUCGACAUCAGUAGUAGAUGAUUUAAUUGAUACUACUACAAUAAUGGAUAAUUCUGAGAUUGAAUUGCAAAGGCCAAAGUUCAAAAAACCACCACUAAUUGCUACUCACCAUCCAAAUUUUGGAUCUUCAACUGAAACAUCUCGUAGACCUACAAUUAGAUCAAAUUUAAAUUUAAAACAAAAAAUAAUCUCUUCUACAAUUAAAGCAAGACCAUCUGAACCAGAUGUAACGGAGCCUGAAAAUAUAAUAACUAAUAAUAAUACAACUGAAGGUAGUUCUUUUAACGUACAAUUAAAUAAAAUGAGACCAAUUAAAGUAAUUACUCCAAAAGGGUCAGCAUCUCAACAGCCAAUUCCACCAACUGCAACAGCAUGGGCUUUGGCUUCGUUAAAAGCACCAAACAAUACCAAUAGAAUAUUUAAAAAACCUUCAAAUGCAACUGGUGUACAAGAAUCAGUUACUAAAAUUAAACCAUUCAUUACUUGGUCCGCUAGAUUGCAAAAAACAAAUGAAGACAAUUUAAAUACAACUUCUACUUCAAAUAGUGCAUUAAUCACUGGAGAGUCAAAUGAAACAUUUACAGGAAUACCUGAAAUUUACGUUUCAACAAGUGAAUCAAGUAAUAUAAAUCAGUUAACACCAGAAAUUACUUCAACGGAAUCUUUAAUACAUACAAUUUCAAUGUUAUCAACAAGCCAUACACCAAAUAGAAAUGAUUCUGCUAUGAACGGUUUUGGUGGUGACACUGAUCAAAAUAAGUACGAAAUAUAUGGAUCUCAAAAACCUGAUGUUGAAAAUGCAACUACAGUAAUUGAAACAUUGCGUCCAUCGUCGUCUACAACGCCCACGGAAUCUCAAAAUUCUAAUUUAUUGUUAGUAACAUCUUACAAAUCAAUUUUCGAAAACAACAAUAAUUCAGAAACUAAACAAAAUAUUUUUACUCCAUCUGUAAUGCCUAUAUCACAAAUCACACCAAAAAUAGAAGUGACAAAAGAUGAAUUUACAACAUUGAUGUCGGACCCAUUAAAUAUCUUAAAUUAUGGUAGAGCAACACCGAAUACUGAAAAGAAAGAGGAUCAUAAAUUACCAAUAGUACAGACUUCUACUGAAAUAUUUAGUAAGGCUCCGGAACUCUUAUUUGAUUAUUCUGAGUAUCACAAUAGUAAUAAAAUGCUGACAACAACUGGAGUUCAAUCGAGUAAUUCAGGUGUAGAAUUUUCGAUUUCUCAUGAUAUUGAUUUAAAUAACCAAAAUCAUUCGACUACUACUGAACAUUAUAUAGAAAGUAUUAAAACUAAGUUAGAUACCAAAAUAACAGAAUCAAUAAACAAUCAAGAUUCACAAGAAAUUAUUGAUUUUACACAUAAGUUUUCGUCUGAGUAUCCUAUACCUAGUUCCACUGCGGGGACUGAAGUUGUAACAGCGGUUUCUGAAAAAACCUCAUCGGAAUUGUCUCAACUACCAUCUAAUGAUAUAUCAAAUACUUCUCAAGCACCUAGUUUGUCUAAUACCCCCGAUACGUCUUUUAUUGAUUUCGAAUCGAACUCAACGGACAGUCACGAUGAUGCCGGAGAUGAUGGCCAAAAAAGUUUCGAAUCCUCUUCUCAAAGUUCUAUGUCAGUUAAUGAACCAACUUCAGAAUCUGAUAUUUCUGAAAACGAUGUUCCUAUAAUUACUAGUUUGUUGACUUCAACUGCAUCCACUACAUCAACAACAACUACAACAUCAACAGUUUCUCCAAAACUAAUACCAACUACCACAACUACUCCGAGACCAACAACCACAACAACUACGACGACUCCGAAACCCACCACAACAACUACCACCACCCAGAGACCAACAACAACAACUACAACGACUACACAGAAACCCACCACAACAACUACAACCACUCAAACACCAACAACUACACAAAGAAUAACAACAUCUAUUGCUCCACCUAUAGUAAUUGAAAUAACUACUCCUACUACAACUAUAAAGCCUAUGCCAUCCUUUACACAACCUUCUACCACUUUAUCGCCAAUUAAACAAACUACAACAACUACUAAACCAAAUCCGAUUACCUUAAGGCCAAAACCAGCUGUGAUCGAUUUAGACAAAACUACUUUUGCACCUAAUGUACCAAUCAUUCAAUCAUACUUAAAUGUAUUGAUUAACUCAACAAUGGCAGACAUAUGUGAAAACAAAGAAGAACUUAAAGAUGCUAUUAUUAAAUUGUUUGAAAGUGGAACCGAGAGCGUUAAUUCGAAAAAUCAAAUCAGAUUUCUCAACGUCGUCGAGAAACAGUGUUUAAACCCUGAUGACGAAAAAAGUCCGGUGGAAGUUGAAUUUUACUUGAUAAACAGUAAUGGUGAUUACAACACGUUAAUGAACGAAGAGUUUAUUAGCUUGCUAGACAGUCAUAGAUUUGAUUACAAAUCAAAUGUAAUCGGAGCCAAGUUUAUGAAACGAGCUCUGGAAAUUGACAUCGAUAAGGAUGAAACUCAAAAUCCAAGAGUGAAAGCUGCCAUAUAUCUAUCAUGUGUAGCCGGCGUUUGCACCAUCCUUGUAUUGAUUUUAAUAAUUGUCCGCAAACGUCAAAAACGAUUUAACUAUGGCCAAAGGUGUACUCCUGUCUCAUUGGACGACUAUAGUAUGGACAAUAUAUCCGUGUUCAAUAGCUUUAGAAGAAAAGGCGCACGGAGGGCGUCAAAACGAUCAUAUGGAAAUCCUGCCUUCGACGAAUCUUCGACUUGUUCGCACGUAUUGAAUUUUGCUGGGCUUGUAAGCUUCUCAGAAGACCGGCCGGCGAUUGACGAGGAGUUUUCCAACAUACCAGUGAUCACAGUGAAACCAGACGAGUUACCACCGGGUGCUGAAACAAAGAACCGUUACGCCAAUGUUAUACCAAUGCCAGAAACGAGAGUUCUACUGAAUCCCCGUGGUUCUGGACUGAAUUCGGACUACAUAAAUGCCAAUUAUGUCAAGGGUUAUAAGGGUGCUGAAAAGUUUUAUAUCGCUUGUCAAGCUCCAAUGCAGUCCACCGUGCCCGACUUCUGGCAAAUGAUUUGGGACCAAAAUACUAGAGUCAUCAUUAUGGUCACAAGCUUGACCGAGAAAGGAGUGGAAAGAUGUGCGGAUUAUUUACCGCCUUCCGAAGUCUUGGACUGUCAUCGAUUGUUUGGUGAUUAUCAAAUAACAUUGAAGAAACGUGAAGUAAAAGAGAAGUUCAUAAUAUCCAGUUUACAAUUAAAGAACCUGGAAACGAACCUUUGGCGAGACGUGACGCACCUGUGGUACGGAGGUUGGCCUGUGCAAGGCGUGCCGUCUGAUCCGAACGCAAUGUUGGCGUUCGUCAUGGAGGCCAGAUCUCACAUGAAGACCAACAGCGGGCCCCAUGUGGUGCACUGCAGCCCCGGCACCGGGCGUACAGGUACGGUUAUCGCGUGCGACAUGGCCAUCAGAGAUUUUGAACUGACGCGGACCGUCGAUGUCCCGAAAACGGUGUACGCGGUUCGGCGAUGCAGGGCCGGCGCGGUGCAGACGAGGGACCAAUACUCUCUCAUAUAUAAGGUGGUGAAUCUGUAUGCAAGUAAACUAUCAGGAGGUGUAUUGGAUUCGUUUUAAUGACAUCGUACACAUCUUUUAUUUUUUAUAUAUACACAUUAUAUCGUUAGUUAUUACAUAAGUAAUUAAUAAUUUCAUUAUAUCUUUUAUUACUAUUUGUUAGUAUUAUUAUAGGAUGGUGACUCUCUUUUGUACAUUGUACUAUAUGAAACUCUUAGAAGUUCACAUGUAGGUUUCGAACAAAAUUAUUAUAAGUCAGGACGAUCAAUAAUCUCCGAGUUCAAUCAGCGUUUCUGUGAUAAGCAAAUUAUAAUUCAUGAUCAUUCGUGCUAAACGAUUCAUCAUUGAUAUAUUAUUUAAGAUCUUUUGAAAAAUACUGUUAAAUAAUUAACAAUUAAACUCUCUGUCUUUUUAUUUUUAUAGCUAUUGCGUAUAUAAUAUUAAUUAUGUAAAUUGAAGAUUUUGUUUUUAUUACAAUUUAUUUUUAAUGAAAUUCUUAGGAAAAUUUCUUGAUGAAUUCUUUAAAUGGAUUGUAUAUAAAAAUUUUUAACUUCAAUAUUUUUUCCCUUUUUGUACAACUCGAUGGUUUAUUUCCUACAUUGAAACCAUACAUCGCGAUAGUAGAUUAUAUGGAUUUAUUGUUGUUAUAACCGUCGAAAAAGUAUCUAAAGAUAUAAUAUUUAUAAUAAUAUGUGUACUAAGUUUGUUUUCUAUUCGUUUAAAACAAUAAUGAAAGUUCCUCUUUACGUAUUUACUUUCGCAUUGUCGGUAUUAAUACAGAUAACUACUACCUAUUGUAUAUAUUUAUAAAUAUACAUUAAUAAGUGAAAUACGCGCUUAAUUAUUAUAUACAUACGUAAUAUUAUAUAUAUAUAUUUUUUAUUAUACUUACAUAUAUUAUUUAUAUAUGUUUAAAAAAAAACUUAUUCUUACAGCGUACUUUAUUUUGUUAAUAACGUAGUGUUAUAACAUAAUAUUAUGAUGAUUGUGUCUCAUCGGGGACCAGCAGUCACAAAUGUUUUCUUUGGCCCGAGAGUAGUGAGAACACUAUGUGCAUUGGUGGGUCACUGGAGACUGACUAAAAGUAUUUCCGGUUCAACAAUCACCAAUUAUUGAGUAUACCUUAGUUUUUAUUUCCGUUAUGUACUGUCAGGACUGCUGUCGAUAUGUUUACUGUCAGUAUAUUUUUUAAUAACGAUUCAUCCAUGUGUAACAGAUGUAUAGCUACUAUGUGGUAGAUAUUAAAUAUUUUUCUAGCUUUCUCUCUAUAAUAUAUCUAUUAUUAUCUAUUUAAAUGUUUAACUUUAUGUAUACGUAAUGUGUAAAAAAAAAAUAAACAUAAGACGUGUUCAUUAGUCGCCCAUCGCACGAAAUGUUUACAAUAAUAAUGAUAACAGUCUGUUAAUUGUCGUUUAUUUUUUUGUUUUUUCAUCACUAACUUACUGUGUUCAGAAAACUACUACAACAAUUCUUUUUACUGAUUGUGAAUUUUACUUUUUUGAAAUUAAAAAAUAAAUAAAAUUGUUCACUGCAGUGUCCACA